GACAAACGAACAAAAUUGUAUUGAUUCAAACUAAUUGAAAUAACAACAUUAAAUCAGAUUUCUCUUCAAAAUGAUGACUUAUCAAGUUUCAGCUUUUGCCUUGGCAAUAGUUUUUUUCGCCAACAUCUCUUACAUUGUUAAUGCUGACCAAGCAUUCUACUACAAUGUGGCUGUCCAAACCUCAGGAUCAACCAAAUUCUCAGCUCAUGAAGGUAAACUCAAGCUUUCUGUGGUCAGAAUUGGUGAAGAGACAACAGAAGACUUUAUAUUGACACCACGUGCUGUUAAUCUUACCAUGAAUAGCAGAUACACUGGUGAAAUUAAAUCGUCCAUUGGGCUUGCAAAUAUCAAAUCUGUUUACCUCUCAUGGACUUUGGCUACUCCAAAUAGUCCAGAUUUUGCGACCGAAAAACCAUCCAUCUACUUCGAUGAAAUUGUUCUUGAAUAUUGGUAUACAACUUCGGUACCAGCUGUUAUUUACGGUUAUCCAAAACAAAUUGAAGGGCAUAGACUGCAGAAAUUCUGUCCAUCAACUCAACCUAUUGGAAUUGAACAUGCCAAUGGAGCUUCAUUCCACGCUUGUGGGCCCAUGGUAGAACAAACUUAUUGAGUAUCUUAUGAAACCGAAAUUGAGACAAUUUUCAAUUUAGAUUGAAUAUGAUAUUCAAAUAUGCAAUUUGUAAGGUCAAAUGAAUCCAAAGUCUAAUAAAAUAUAUUAAGUAAAUGCAACAA